CUCUUGGACUGGUUUCAUGGCUCCAGGAUGGAGGGGUUCCUGCCCACGUUUCCACCGUACAACGUCUGCGCUCCCCCGGCUCAGGGCGGCGGCUGGGGAAAGAGAGAGGGCCGGUUCAUGACCCCCCAAGGCCUCAACUACCUCGAGCUUUGCAAGGCCAUCCUGUCCCAAGUCAACCCCAGUUUGCCAGCUCCAGCCAAAAAAGCAAACACUAAAGAGUGCGGCGUGCAAGUAAACGCCAAAGUGGAUCAAAUCGUCCAGUGUUCGCUGGGUCCCAAAACGCUGUUCUGCCUGGAAGGGGAUCAAUCAGUGCCCUCGAAGUCUCCCAAGAGCCCUGAUCUGUUCAAUCAGGACGGGAAGGCGCCGUACAGCACACCGCCAGUGAGCAACCUGCGCUUCCUGAGGCCCGUUUCCAUCUACUCGCCGGUGUUUGACCGCAGGAUCCCCCUCAAGAAACUCUGCGACGAUGGUGAAAGUGAGGAAGAGGCCGAAGACGCUGAACAUGCGGAGUCUGACAAGGAUACGGAUCAAAGCGGCGAGGACACAGUGAAGGACUUCAGGACCGCUUCCCAUCGGUCUUCAAAGGGCUCCAACUUUCAGUUCCUGGAGCAGAGAUAUGGCUUUUUCCACUGCAAAAAGUGCAACAUCCGGUGGGAGAGUGCUUAUGUAUGGUGCAUCUCUGGAACCAGCAAGGUGUACUACAAGCAGCUCUGCCGGAAGUGUCAGGUGGGGUUUAACCCCUACAGAGUGGAGUCCAUCCUCUGCAAGGGCUGCUCUCAGACUUGUUGCAGCUGUGAGAAGAAGCAGAGACACAUCAACAUGAGGAGGCCUCACCGCCAGGACCUGUGUUGUCGUUGCAAGGGCAUGAGGCUGUCCUGUGACGCCACCUACAGCUUCAAAUACAUCGUCUGAGCCGCCCUGCAAUGUUUGCUCUGGUCUGGAUUCACCCACUCUUCAUGUAGAUCUAUAGGCUCGUCUUCGAAGUUGAGGCCAUGCCAGCAGACGUAUAGUUCUUGUACAUGUCACAAGUGGAGUUACAUCAAGUAACUGACUUGAAGAGAUUCACCUAUUUUCCCAGCAGCGAGUAGCUGAAUCUCUGAUUUGGUCGUUUAUUUGAAGCAACUUCUCUAAAAGGCUGUCUUUGUUUCCCUCCAUUAAUCCUGGUGCUUAACUUAACAUGAAAUUAUUUUUGUAAAAAAAAUAAACAUUGCAUCUUAAAACCUGA